AUAUUUUACUUUCAAUCAUCAAUUACAAAUUCUGAAUGUCAAAGGAACCGUUUGUAUUUAUUUUUGAUUUGUUUGUUUCUGACGAAGUUAGAUUUACUUACGCUACGUCUGAAAUCUCAACCAUGUGCCAAAGGUGAAGUGGAAUACAAACGAUUCAGAGAACUUACCCGAAAAAGCUGAGAAAUUUUCAAUCUUUCUUCGUCCAUAUGUCGUACGAGUGAGACAGAGAGACCUAAUGACUUGCAAUUACUCUAGAUCCUGACUAUCAAGCCCAGUGACUUGCAGAGGGUUAACGGGUGUAGGAUAAAACAAUUGGGGCUAAGCAAGCAACAAAAGAAUAGUACGGGACUCAUAUUGAAAUGAUGGCUUUUUAGUUUCUACCAUAAACCGGUCAGUAGUACCGGUUUUAUAUGGUCCAUUAAUUCCGGUUUCUGGUAUGCUUCUCCGGUUUGUUGUUUUUUUUUUUCUUUUCAAAACAGCAGUCUCUCUCUUUUUUUUUUUGUAGGUGUAUUGAUCUUUUCCGGGAACCACCGUUGAAACGUCGACGAAUUAGAGCUGGCCAGCUGGGGACGCAAAGUCCUGUCUUUUCAGGGCGGGGAAACUCGUUUGCUUAGUGGGUUUGUCUCCCGCCACUCGAAGACGCGACGAAUCUCGACAUUGCAAUGUUUGGAAAGGGUGGAAGAAGAAGAAGUAAGAAAAGUUACCAGAUUGAGUGGAUGUUUCUCGCUCUCAGGCCAUUGGAACCCGGAAUUAUCUUGUUUCGAUCAAAUUGGUUUCUCUCAAAUCAGUAGAGAGUCUACGGGAAAAGCUGUCCACGCGCUCUGUGUCAAGGGAUUAGUUCGUCUGAGUGUGCUGCAAACCAACACUUUGAUUAACAUGUAUAUGAAAUUUGGCCGAGUCAAACCUGCGCGUUACCUGUUCGAUGAAAUGCCUGUGAGAAACGAAGUUUCUUGGAAUACCAUGAUGUCAGGGCUAGUCCGUGUUGGAUUGUAUUUGGAAGGAAUGGAUUUUUUCCGGAAGAUUUGUGAUAUUGGUAUUAAUCCAAGUAGCUUUGUGAUUGCCAGUUUAGUAACAGCUUGUGGUCGGUCAGGUUUUAUGUUCAGAGAAGGGGUUCAAGUUCACGGCUUUGUGGCUAAGUCUGGAUUACUGUCUGACGUUUAUGUGAGUACAGCUAUUUUGCAUCUCUAUGGGAUUUAUGGAUUGGUUUCGUGUUCGAAAAAAGUCUUUGAGGAGAUGCCUGUCCGAAACGUGGUGUCUUGGACUUCACUGAUGGUUAGUUACUCGGAUAAGGGUGAGCCAGAGGAAGUCAUUGAUAUCUUUAAACGUAUGAGAGGAGAAGGAGUUGAGUGUAAUGAGAAUUCCAUGUCUUUGGUAAUCAGUUCCUGUGGAUUGCUUAAAGAUGAAUCCUUGGGUCGUCAAAUUAUCGGACAGGUUAUCAAAUCGGGACUGGAGAGUAAGCUCGCUGUGGAGAAUUCUCUCAUAUCCAUGUUUGGUAAUCUGGGAAAUGUCAACUAUGCAAAUUACAUUUUUGAUCAAAUGUCCGAACGUGAUACUAUUUCAUGGAAUUCGAUUGCUGCGGCAUAUGCACAAAAUGGUCAUUUCGAGGAAUCAUUUAGGAUUUUCAAUUCAAUGCGUCGUUUUAACGAUGAAGUGAACUCCACCACUGUGUCUACUCUGUUAUCAGUUUUGGGUCAUGUAGAUCACCAAAAAUGGGGUAGAGGAAUUCAUGGUUUGGUGGUUAAAAUGGGAUUCAGUUCAGUUGUUUGUGUGUGCAAUACUCUUUUGAGAAUGUAUGCGGGUGCUGGAAGAUCAGAAGAGGCAGAGUUGGUGUUCAAACUAAUGCCCACUAAAGAUCUGAUCUCAUGGAAUUCUUUGAUGGCUUGUUAUGUCGAGGAUGGGAGGAGCUUAGAUGCUUUAGGACUUCUUUGUUCAAUGAUAAGAACUGGAAAAUCAGUGAACUAUGUGAGUUUUACAAGCGCAUUGGCUGCUUGCUUUAGUUCAGAAUUUCUCGAUAAAGGCAGGAUCCUUCAUGGGCUUGUAGUAGUCACUGGUUUAUUUGACAAUCAGAUUAUUGGUAAUGCAUUGGUUUCUAUGUACGGAAAGAUAGGCGAGAUGAGCAAAUCCAGACGGGUACUACUACAGAUGCCUAGACGAGAUGAAGUAGCUUGGAAUGCCCUUAUUGGUGGCUAUGCUGAAAAUGAAGAUCUCGAUAAGGCACUGGCGGCUUUCCGAACUAUGCGAGUGGAAGGUGUUCCUGUAAAUUAUAUCACAGUGGUAAGUGUUCUUGGUGCUUGUUUAAUGCCCUGUGAUUUGGUUGAACGGGGGAAGCCAUUACACGCCUAUAUAGUUUCUGCUGGAUUUGAAUCAGAUGAACACGUGAAGAACUCGCUUAUCACUAUGUACGCAAAAUGCGGUGAUUUAAGCUCGAGUCAAGACCUAUUUAACAGACUAGAUAAUUGGAAUAUCAUCACGUGGAAUGCUAUGCUUGCGGCAAAUGCUCAUCAUGGUCAUGGAGAAGAGGUGCUAAAACUUGUAUCAAAGAUGAGAAGAUUUGGUUUGACUCUAGACCAGUUUAGCUUCUCUGAGGGACUUUCUGCUGCGGCGAAGCUAGCGGUCCUAGAAGAAGGCCAACAACUUCAUGGUUUAGCUGUAAAACUGGGAUUUGAACAAGAUUGCUUCAUCUUAAACGCUGCUGCAGACAUGUAUAGCAAAUGUGGGGAAAUAGGGGAUGUUGUGAAAAUGUUUCCUCUAUCAGUCAAUCGAUCACUUCCUUCGUGGAACAUAUUAAUAUCAGCUUUUGGAAGACAUGGGUGCUUCGAAGAAGUUUGUGAGACUUUCCAUGAGAUGCUUGAAAUGGGAUGUAAGCCGGGUCAUGUCACAUUUGUCUCUCUUCUUACAGCAUGCAGCCACGGAGGACUAGUAGACGAAGGCCUUGAAUAUUACGACAUGAUUGCUCGAGAUUUUGGUUUAAAACCGGCGAUCGAACAUUGCAUCUGUGUAAUUGAUCUUCUUGGAAGAUCAGGGAGGUUAGCUGAAGCUGAAACCUUUAUAUCUAAAAUGCCGAUGAAACCAAACGACCUCGUGUGGCGUAGUUUAUUAGCUUCCUGCAAAAUCCAUGGGGAUUUAGAACGCGGAAGAAAAGCAGCAGAAAAUCUCGCGAAGCUAGAACCAGAGGAUGAUUCUGUUUAUGUCUUGUCCUCAAAUAUGUUUGCGACAACAGGUAGAUGGGAAGACGUGGAAAAUGUGAGAAAGCAAAUGGGUUUCAAGAACAUCACGAAGAAACAAGCUUGCAGUUGGGUAAAACUAAAAGACAAAGUAAGUUCGUUUGGUAUUGGAGACAGAACUCAUCCGCAAACAUUGGAGAUAUACGCAAAGUUAGAAGACAUAAAGAAGCUGAUCAAAGAAUCUGGCUAUGUCGCAGAUACUAGUCAGGCUCUGCAAGACACAGAUGAAGAACAAAAAGAGCACAAUCUUUGGAAUCACAGUGAAAGACUGGCUCUUGCUUAUGCGUUGAUGAGUACUCCUGAAGGUUCCACCCUUAGAAUCUUUAAAAACCUUCGCAUAUGUGGUGAUUGUCACUCUGUGUACAAGUUUGUUAGUAGAGUCAUCGGACGUAGAAUCGUGUUGAGAGAUCAGUAUCGAUUUCACCAUUUUGAGAGGGGUGUGUGUUCUUGUAAGGAUUAUUGGUGAAAGAAAGAGGAGGAAGCUCAAUUACAGCGAUAUACAGUAGCUAGCUGACAAUUUCUUUAUAGGAUUCUUUGAAUAAGGUUUUGGGUUUCACUAGUUUUGUAACAUUAAUUGGAUAUUUCUUCAAAAGGAUGCAUAAUUCUGUGUGUAGACAGUUAAUUGUUUUGUAAGUAAUGGAAUAGAGUUGGUUUCUCGA